ACACGACGUCGCGCCCGGCCCACAAUCCACCGCGCCGGGGACUUUCCCACCGUGGUCCUCGCAGCCCUGGUCCGUCGAGAGCUGUAAUUUCUCUUAACAACCCCAAACAUGGUGGAUAUUCCGAAGAGCUCGACGAAGAUGUACAGUGUAACGGGGAAAAUCAUUGAACUAUGUGGAUAAAGAGAGUUUGGUAAAAGAAGCCACGAUGACAGACGGUCCCUCCGUGUCCGUGAUCAGUCAGAUUGCCGACGAACUAACCAGCGAGGAAAAGAAAGCCCUGCUGUACAUGUGUGCCGAUCUGAACCUGCAGGCUCCUGCGCAGGACGUCAAAGAAGUGUUGAAAAUGGUGACAAACAGAAAUGACUUGGCGGGCCAGGCGGUCCUCCUGGAGCUCAUUUACAGAAUUAAGAGGUUUGACCUGCUAAAACGGUUGCUGAGGUCAACUAAGACAGAAGUGGAAGUCUUCUUGGGAUCAAAGCAGUCUGCUGUUUCGAUGUACAGGGUCUUGAUGGCUGAUAUCAGUGAAGAGCUUGACAGAGGAGACUUACAAUCGCUCAUAUUCCUGCUGACGGACUCCCUGCCACGAGGACGGCUGAGUCAAACUAAGAGUUUCCUGGAUUUGGUGAUCGAACUUGAGAAGUGUGGCAAGGUCUCUGCUGAGCAGCUGGAACUAAUCGAAGGCAGCUUACAAAAGAUACACCGAAUGGAUCUGGCAAAGAAAGUGCUCAAGUACAAGCAAAAUGAGCAAAUCCAUCGUGCAGGUGGUGCCGUGUCCUAUCCGAAACAAAAAUCCCAGUAUAUUCCACAGGCACACGGAGCUGGCAGUGACCCGCGAUCUCCAGUAGGAGCAGGCUGCACACCUUUUGGGACAUGGGACAAUGAGAACCUAAAAAUGUCCGUAGAGGAGUCUGGAUUUCCACACUCUCAGAAUCCAGGAAUUUACAAACUGCUGAGGCGUCCGCUUGGAGUGUGCCUGAUAAUAGACAGCAUUGGCAUCGAUGGAGAUAUACUGCGCCACACCUUUGAGAAACUUCACUUCAGAGUCGUGCUUCACAAGUGGCUCGGCCUCCAGGACACCUACCUGGCUCUGACGGAGACCGCGAGGCUGCAGGAGCACAAGGAAGCCGAUGCAUUUGCCUGCUGCAUUAUCAGUCGAGGUUUCUCUUCGGGGAUGCUUGCCACCAACAGUGAGGGUCCAGGUUUGCAUUUUGAAGAUGUCAGGAGGCUGUUUUCAGCUAAGCAGUGCCCCUUCCUGAUGGCCAAGCCGAAGCUCUUCUUCAUUCAGAACUAUGCCGUUCAGCAGCCGGGCGGUUACUUCACCCUGUCCACGGGCGAUCUGGAGGUGGAUGGGUACUCGCACGCUGCUGAAGUGGAGCCCAUCCUAACUGAAGCUGACCUAUGCUGGAGUUACAGCAGGUGUGACACGCGCACGCUGGAAAUUCCAGGUCACCACUCGGAGUUCCUGUGUACCUUAUCAGCGGAACUGAUUUCAGGGCAGAAAAGGCAGGCAGAUCUCCUGGAUGUGCUCACAGACGUCAAGAGCGCCACGAAUGAGAAGAACUGUCACAACCUCAAGGACUUCUGCUACGUGUCCCUGCAGCACAGCCUUGUUAAGAAGUUCGUUCUUCAGUAGGAGAGCAGGAUGCCGUUCAGCCCAGGCCACUUGCACUGUGACGCUUGGGGGAAACAAGUCAGAGUGAGCGAGCAAGCGAGAGGUUAGGUUGCUUUCUAGAUUGAUCCCCACAUCGUGUUCCCAUUUGUCAGGUGUGGAGUUGUAGUAGGUUUUUUUUGGUAGUCCUGCAGGGUAACCAGAUUAUUUGGUGGAGCAAAAGUGUUUUAUUUAUGAUGAACGUCGACCAUCUAAAUCAUUCUGGGUGCUUCUCAUAU